AUGACAAAUUCAUUGUUUAAUCAUAUUAACUCAAAUAUAAACAACUACAACAACAGCAUGAUCAAGUAUCCUUUAGAAGACAAAGAGGAAUUAGAAAAGUCAAUAAUUGCUGAAACAAAUGAUUUUCUCAACAUAUUAAAACGUGAUCUAAGACCUAAUACUCGAUUUUUUGCUACUAUCUCUUCAAAUAAUAGUGCUAAUGCAGUUGAUGAUGGUGGUGAAUUGACAAAUAAAGGAAAAAGAAAAAAGCCAGACACAACAGUUGAAAAAAAUAAGAGUAAAAAAAGGGAUAAAAAAAUAAAAAAUAAAAUGGUUAUUGAUAGUGUUAUUGAUGAUGCUAAUAAACAGCCAAAACUUUCUGAAGAGGAAAACUUGGAAACAAUAAAAGAAAAACAAAAUAAGAAAAAACAAAGGAAAACUUCAAUGACACCUGUCACUUCAAAAAUGAAAAAUCCUGGAAGUUUAAGUAUGAUUUUAAACUUGGACAAUAAUAUAACAUUUGAUCAAUCAAAUAUACAUUCUACCACAACGAAUUCAUCAAUAUCUUCAGAUGAUGAAUAA